UUCUACAGUACAGAUUGGUGAUCAUCAGGUGAUCGAUGAUCAAUCAGUGGAUAUUUUGUGCAAACAAUUGUCUAUGCCUAAUUCUCUCUACGAAUCAGGCUUUCCGUGAACCAUGCAGCGGUGUGCGCAGUUGACGGUGACCGUCCUCAACAUUGUUCUUGGCUUGUUUUACAGCCUUGUUGGAUUGGUGAAGGUCUAUCCUGCGCUUUCUCCUGAAGUCCACAAUGAAAUGAAAUCUAGUUUCCCUGGCCAUGCCGAGGUCUCACCUCUCAACCUUGUCGGUGUGAAUCUCGAACCUGACACGUAUAUGUUUGCCAUUGGUGCCACGGAGCUGUGCCUUGGUAUUUUGCUCAUCAUCGGGCCGUCAGCAAUCAAGCUGCUUAGUAACAUCAUUCUCCUGGUGAUCAUGGUCGGGGCAAUACACGCGCACGUCGCCCAGAAGGACGGGAAGAUGGUACCGGCCAUCAUUGCGUUCGUCCUGCUCGGCUUCCGGCUGAUGUUUGCCACGUCGUUUCCAUCCUACGCCCUUGUCGAUGAAGAGGAGAAGAAAAAGAAAUAGUCCGCAGCACUGCGCUUUAGGUCAGUGAGGUAUGAUGUUAUUGAUCAUGACUUUUUAUCUUUAGUUUAUUCCAAAGUUUUAUACUUGUCAAGUACCCGUCUUUAUGUUGUUGUGCGGCGGCAUGUGCUGCUUGUUCUUAGCCUUGUCUGGUGUUGUUUUCUGCUAGGUGCUGUUUCCCUUGAAUACCUCGUACUUAUUGUUGAUGUCUCUCGGUGCGCCAACACCCUGUCAAUGUGCCGGUGUGUGAUUGUCGGGCGCUUUCAAAUUAUUUUAUUCUCCACGGGAGUACUAGCUCAUUGCAGUAUUUCUGUUGUUUUCUCCUUUCUGCUGCAUUGCCUGUGUUGAGCACAUUGCAGCAAUGAUAUCAGACAAUGAGAUGUGAUUUUUAGUUUGCUGAAGCGUGGAUGCUUUCAAGCACUCUGUAGUGUGGGCCUGACUCAUCUCUCUCCGCCGCUUCUAUGUCUUUGAAUGGUCGAAGUUUAUGAUUAUAGCAUAUAGAGUCGUCGUGGAUCGAAUGUGAGCCAUGUGUGUGUGCGCUUGGGUGCAGUUGAAUAGUUUGUGAAUAUGCAGCCUGGAAUCAUGCAUGGUUUAUGUUCUUGUGCUCUCUUCUCUGGGAUUUCACAGCAUCUUUGAACAGGUGUAACAAAUCAA